AUGAAACCGCAGCGUGGAUCAAGCAAUGGUUAUAUUGGCAUCGAAUAUGGGGCAGUUGUACAAAGUAGUAGUUUACUUUGUUACGGCGACGAGCUGAUUAUGCUGACACACCAAGAUACAAUAGGGCAACCAUGGGUGCCAGGUCUUGGAUCAGGAACGAAGCGAAGCCCGAAAAAGAAGUUGAACCAAACAUCCCCUCCUCCUUGA